AUGGCUGCCAGAGAUAACACCGUAAUUCUUGGCGACUUCAACAUGCGUGAAAUCUCCUGGGUGCCAGACUCCCAUGGCUUCCUCUUCCCGGAUCCUGGUCACUCCUCGUUUAGGCCGGCCUCAAUCAAUUUGCUCGAUGGCUACUGUACAGCAGGUCUUAAACAGGCCAAUGAGAUUCAAAACAGCAACAGACGUACCCUUGAUCUUUGCUUUAUCAGCGAGGAAAUAGGCUCAGAUUGCUCAGUCUUCCGCGCUCCUGUGCCUCUCGUAAAAGAAUGCAGACACCUUCCUCCUCUUUUAAUGACUUUGGCAGUAAACCUGAAAAAUAGUUUCAAUGAAGUUAUUGAUAGCGUGAUGUACGAUUUCGGUAGAGGUAACUAUGACGAGAUGAACGCGUUCCUUGCAAGUAUUAAUUGGGAGGAGACAUUCUGUGAUACUGAUGCUAAUUCGGCGGCAUCAACUCUGUCUAGCAUCUUGCUAUAUGCCAUCGAUCAAUUCGUGCCACGUAAAAAUCGUCGGAAACCUGUCAAACCCGCCUGGUCAAAUCCACAAUUAAGAAUUCUUAAGAGUAUUAAAAGAUCCGCACUCAGAAAACACAGCAAGCAUCGCACUGAGCAAACCAGAGCCCGCUACGUCCAUGCGAACAAUGAAUAUAGAGAACUGAACCAGCGUUUGCACAACACUCAUCUUGGCCGACUUCAGCAACGCCUCAGGUCUAACCCGAGAAACUUCUGGUAUCAUGUCAACGAACAAAGGAAAGAAUCUGGACUGCCUUCGUGCAUGACCAACGGUACAAACGAAGCGGAUUCAAUCCCCGGUAUCGCAAACUUCUUUCGUUCGCAGUUUAGCAGCGUAUUUACUAGAGAGACCCUAAGUGCUGAAGAUAUCGUUACUGCCGCUAAUAACGUACCUAGAAUUUCUUCCCCUAGCUUACGAAUGUCCAUCACUAGUGAAAUGGUGACUAAGGCAGGUAAACAAAUCAAAUCCUCGACAUAUUGCGGCCCAGAUGGAAUUCCGUCGCUAAUCUUGAAACGAUGCCUUGGCCCGCUCGCAACUCCGCUAACAAUUGUAUUUAAUCUGUCGUUAUCAUCUGGUAUUUUUCCUACUUGUUGGAAAGAUUCUUUUGUUUCUUCUGUACACAAGAAAGGCUGCAAACGCACGGUUUCAAACUAUCGCGGUAUAGCAGCAUUGUGCGCUACCUCUAAGCCUUUCGAGAUUAUUGUUCUUGAAACAUUAUUCUCAAGGUACUCGCAUAACAUUUCGCCGGAACAGCAUGGCUUUAUGCCUAAGAGAUCAACUACAACCAAUUUAGCCACUUUCACGUAA